AUCAAAAAAAAAAAGAAAAGUAAAGUAAAAGCCGCCUGCACGCGCGCUCAGAGCAGUGAUGACCAUCAAUACACCGAGAGGAGAACAGCGCGCGCACAUGGCCUGUUUCACCAAGAUGGAGAGGAUGAUCGUAUCCAUGCAGGAUCCAGACAUGGGAAUGAAGAUGAGAAACCAGAGACUGCUCAUUACACUCAUCCCUCACGCCAUGAUCGGAAGUGAUGUUGUCGAAUGGCUUAUAAAGAAAUAUAACAUCACUGAAGAAGAGGCAUUACAUAUCGGGAACCUCUUGGUGAAAUAUGGAUAUAUAUACCCACUGAAGGAGCCAAGGAACAUGUGUUUGAGACCAGACGAGUCGCCUUAUCGCUUUCAGGUACUGAACCCCAGACAUUGGACGUCUAGUCGCUGUUCUGCCACAGAGCUGGAUUAUGCUAUCUAUCUGGCCAAGAAGAACAUUCGCAAACAAGGAGAACUAAUAGAGUACGAGAAGGAAUGUUACAACACCCUGCAUAAGCGAAUUAAUCACACCUGGGACUUUGUGGUGAUGCAGGCGAGAGAACAGCUCAGAACUUCAAAACACCGUCGCAAAUCCGACCGCAUCGUACUGGAGUGUCAGGAGCAAGCGUACUGGCUGGUCAACAGACCUCCUCCAGGAGCAAUGGAUAUUUUGGAGUUUGGUCCUGAAAAGCAGAGCAACACAAGCACACGAGUGCAGCUGAACACUGAGUUCUACAGGAGGGAGAUUGAGCAAAUCAAGCAAAACCUGGGAGGAAGGAAUCGUCUGAAGUCCUCUGUCUGUCUGGAAAGUUUUGUUAAGUACAGUGCUCAGUACAUGAACCAUGACCCUAUAAUGCAAGGUUGCCUUCCUAGCAACCCCUGGCUCACUGAUGACACCAUGUUGUGGAACAUCGACUCUGAUAUGGUCAGCGUGCCUACAAAACUGCGUGUGGAGCGCUGGAGCUUCAGCUUCAUGGAGCUGCUGAAUGACCCGAUGGGCCAAAAGGAGUUCCUCACUUACCUAGAGAAAGAGUUCAGUGCGGAGAACCUGUGUUUCUGGCAGGCGUGUGAGGACAUGCGACACGGAGAAUCAUCCAAAAUCCCAGAGAAAAUGGAUGAGAUUUACAAGCUGUACCUCGCGCCAGGAGCCACACAAUCGGUCAACAUCGACGGUAAAACGAUGGCCGUCACUCUGGAGGGGAUGAAGAACCCAAACCGCUUCGUCUUCGACAGCGCACAGAUGCACAUCUACUUCCUCAUGAAGAAAGACUCGUACAGUCGCUACUUGAAGUCUGAACAAUACAAGAGCUUGUUAGUGAAAGCUGUAGUUCCACAGGAAACAAAGAAGAGCGUGUUCCCGUGUAUGCGUCGUCAGCGAAAUUCAAGCUACACACCGACUCUCGGACAGUCAGGAGAUGAAAACUGAAAAACCAUCAUCGCUGGAACUUUAUAGAUGCACAGAUCUAAUUACACACACACACACACACACACACACACACACACACACACACACACACACACACACACACACACACACACAUUUACUUUAGGGCUGAAUUUAUCCAGUGUGUAAUUCUGUGUGGUUCAGAAAUAUCAAAGGUCUAAAAAGAAAAUAAUUAUUUAAUCACAUAAUUUUUAAUUCAUUCUGAUUAAAAUAUAAUAAUAAUAAUUCAUUACAUAAUAUUCUAAUUAUAGUUUAUUCAAUUAUUUUUAUAAUUUAAAUAAUGUGUACUGUUUAGUGUUCUUUAUUUAUAUAUCAGCUGUCAGUACAUCAUCAUCAUCAUCAUCAUCAUCACAUCUAAAGACCCUUUUCCAUCCACGUAUGCCAGGACCACCUCGUGUGUUGUUUUUAGUCCUUAGUGAUUGUUGAUGUCACACUGUAGGAUUUCAGUCAUAACGUCAGUCACAGUACGACUGACGCACACAGGAAAGAGACCGGUGUUCUCGUGAACAGGAGCUCACAGCAAACACAAACCACCUGUAGUGUUGAUAUUGUUCAUCCCUCAAUAAUUAAAAUAAUAAACACUUCUUAAUCUG